CCCGCAGCUCAAGAGUGGCUGUCUCUCCCUUUCCCUCUCCCCCUCCUUGUGGAGUCAGAAGUGCCAGGAGUCCAGACAUUGCUGUCCCCUGCCUCCCUCCCAGGCUUAGCGCCUCUACCUGUGCCCGAGAGAUGCCUAAAAUCACCUUUCCGGUACACAACCGUUUUUAAAACACAGGUUACCCUAGUGAGAAACAGGCAGCCAGUGAAUCUAUCACAUGGCUCUGACCGCCGCGGAGAGAGGCAGUCAAAGAAGGUGCAGUGAGGAAGUAUAAUGUCACAUGCAACACUUACAGGAAACUGGCUAGAAGAUAGCAGGGGAACUUGAGAAAUUCGUCGUUUUCAGCGGAUUAAAACAACACAGGACCGCCAGUUCCGCCAGGCGCCUCUUGCCGCUCCCAGCUCACCACCGCCACGCCGCGUCCUCUCCACCAGGACUCCUCAUCGUCGCCCCUCCUACGUGUUUGGAUUUAUCAGCAAGACUAUUGAAAGCUUAACUGUCCAAGAUGCCCGUCCCUCCCCCUCCAGCGCCUCCGCCACCACCCACGUUUGCUUUGGCCAAUACUGAAAAGCCCACCUUGAAUAAGUCAGAGCAGGCUGGGAGAAAUGCCCUUCUCUCUGACAUCAGCAAAGGGAAGAAACUAAAGAAGACGGUCACCAAUGACAGGAGCGCACCGAUACUGGACAAACCUAAGGGAGCCAGUGCUGGUGGCGGUGGUGGCUUUGGUGGAGGUGGCGGAUUUGGCGGAGGGGGUGGCAGCGGAGGUGGAGGUGGUGGCGGCGGUGGUGGCGGCAGCUUUGGAGGAGGUGGACCACCCGGUUUGGGAGGACUGUUCCAGGCUGGGAUGCCGAAGCUGAGAUCCACGGCCAACAGGGAUAAUGAUUCUGGAGGAAGCCGACCUCCGAUUUUGCCACCAGGAGGAAGAGCCACAUCUGCCAAACCUUUCUCACCCCCAAGUGGCCCAGGGAGGUUCCCUGUGCCUUCUCCAGGCCAGAGAGGCGGACCCCCAGAGCCCCAGAGGAACCGAAUGCCUCCCCCCAGGCCCGACGUGGGCUCGAAGCCUGAUAGCGUGCCCCCUCCAGUACCGAAUACGCCAAGACCCAUUCAGUCAAGUCUGCACAACCGGGGGUCCCCGCCGGUGCCUGGGGCCCCCAGGCAGCCUGGCCCUGGGCCGACUCCUCCCCCUUUCUCUGGAAACCGAGGUGCUGCUUUUGGAGGAGGCUCCGUCCGUCAAACCCCCUCAGCCUCCUCUUCCAACAGGCCUCCCCUGCCCCCUACCCCGGGCAGGGCCUUGGAUGACAAACCCCCUCCUCCGCCUCCUCCAAUGGGCAACAGGCCCUCCAUCCACAGGGAAGCUGUCCCACCUCCGCCCCCCCAGAACAGCAAGCCCCCGGUGCCUUCCACGCUGCGGCCUUCCUCCCUGUCACAGGCCCCGCCUCCACCGCCACCCCCCAGCAGGCCUGGGCCUCCCCACCUGCCUCCAGGUUCCAGUGGCGGCGAUGAAAUCCCAAGGCUCCCGCAGCGGAAUGUGUCGCUCUCUUCAUCGGCGCCUCCCUUACCUUCACCUGGACGUUCAGGCCCUCUUCCUCCCCCGCCCAGUGAGAGACCCCCUCCUCCGGUGAGGGACCCGCCGGGCAGAUCAGGCCCUCUCCCACCGCCGCCUCCGAUAAACAGAAAUGGCAGCACGUCCCGCGCCCUGCCUGCCACCCCGCAGCUGCCGUCCAGGGUGGGAGGAGACAGUCCGAGGGCUGGGCCCCGGCCUCCCCUUCCCCCAGACAGGCCUGGCGCUGGGGCCCCUCCGCCACCCCCACCGUCAACGUCAAUUAGAAACGGCUUCCAAGACUCUUCAGGCGAAGAUGAGUGGGAAAGCAGAUUCUACUUCCAUCCGAUUUCUGAUUUGCCACCUCCAGAGCCGUAUGUGCCAACCACCAAAACUUACCCUAGUAAAUUGGCGAGAAAUGAAAGCCGGAGUGGAUCCAACCGAAGAGAAAGGGGUGCCCCACCCCUUCCUCCCAUCCCGAGGUGAUCUUGGCCUGCUCUUCUCCGCCGAGCCCCAGACUUCUGUUGUUGCUAUCAAGAGUUGCACCCCCUCCUCCCCUUGUUCCCUCCAUAUAAGGAAUAGGGAAGAAGGGAGGGUAAUGUGGGAAUACGUGUGUGAGGGGUGGGAAUCUGAUAAAGAAAUGCACCUAGAUUUUUAUUCUAUGUAUAUUCUCAAAGCUAUUGCUUGCUUCAGCUACAGCCCAACAGUGUGGACUGCUUAGGGGUCGAUUGGCUUUUAUGGCAGUAGACAGAGAUGGAUUUGUCCCAGGUUUCAACCAACCCAAUUCAGACAUUCACUGUAACUUUGCGACAGAUAACUUUGAAGUCCCUGAGAGCGGCUUGCUGCCAUGCCUUUUUUGCAUGCUUGGCCUCCUGUCUGUUUCCAUGAACCACGGACCAUCUAAGCAAGUUGCUGAGCAAGGGCUCACAUGAAAUUUUUGUGGUUAUAGAUUGUAAUCUCUGGCAGUCUGAGGUAGGCUCUAGGAUAGAGCUGCCCAAUAAAAAUAUCGUGUGAGCCACAUAUACAUUUAAAUAGGUCUAGUAGCUACAUUAAAAAAGAAAAAGAAUUAGGUGAAAUUAAUUUUAAUAUAUUUUAUCCAAAAUACCAUCUGACCUGCAAUUAAAAUCAUUAUUAAUGAGGUAUUUUACAUUAUUUUUUAUCUGGUACUAAGUUUUCAAAAUCUGGUCUUGUGUUUUGCACUUAAAGCACAUCUCUUUUUAUACUAGUCACACUUCAAGGGCUUAAUGGCCACAUGCGGCUGGCGACUACCAUACUGGACAGUGCGGGUCUAGAAGACAGAGGAUAGCGCAAAAUCUCUUGUUUAAAAAAAAAAGAAAGAAAGAAAGAUGCGCUUUAACAAUUCAAGAGGUAAAUAAGAAUAAAGUUAGGACCCAACACCUUGUCUGGCAGACAGCUUGACCUUAAGAUUUUGUCCCUUCUUUUCCCUCUUCCCUUAAUAAUCUAUGUACAAGUGUUGCUUCAGAACACCAAGAUCAGAAGUUGCUAUAAUAGGGUUUACAGUCAUGUGGAAUAAAGCCAUUGGAAAGAAAUUGAAAGCCUGUUGGGGCCUCCGGGCUCAGGACCAGCCAUCUGGAGCUCACCUGUCAGCUGCUCUUCUGCCUUGCACGCUGGAGGCCACCUCCCAGCUUGCUCCUCAGGGUCGGGAAGCUCAGUAGUAGGGGGGAAGUCAGGGAAAGGUAGCAAAUCAGAAACUUAGAAAAAGGGGCCAGAUUUGGGUUGAGGGACAAAACUGUAAAAAUCUAAAUCUGAUGCUUAUGAGGUUGAAAGAAAGAGACUGCUACUGGAAUUGGAGGGAAUUUGAAACUGUCCAGGAGAAUGAAUCAUUUGCCUUGGAUCUAUGCAAAUAAAUCUCCCAAAUGGACCAUCCAGGGAGGAGCCAGCCUUGCCUUUUUUUGUAUGAUUUUGUUUACAGACUUUACUGGGACUUUUAAAUCUAGCUAUGGAAUUGGGAAAAAAAAAAUUUCCAUUUAGAUAUGUUAUACAGUUAUGUUUGAAAUUACCAUUACUUAUUUUUUUAAAACCAUAUGGCCACACACAUAUAUGUAUAUCUACCUAAACUUUGUAUCAUGGUUUCAGCGUAUUGUUCAUGUAUUACUGGGAUAUGCUAACUAGAAAUCUAUCCAAAGAAAAUUUUGAAAGAAACAUUCCUAUUUAUAAAAGAAAUAAUUGUUUCAUUUAUAUAAAAGCAAAAGAACUUAGAGCUCUAGUAAGUGGGAUGUCUAAUAAAUUAUGAUGUUACCCGUUUGAAUAUAUUGUAUUUUUAUAACUUGUUUUGCCAAAGUCCUGGGCUUAGCACGUUAGAGAUCUUGGGGUUUCCCCCAUCCUCUGCCAUUCAUUUGUCUUUCAGGCUUGGGGUCCUUUACCCAAAGAAUCAAGAAAUAUAAAGGUGUAACAGCCUUGACAGAGUAUUUUCAAAAAAAAUUUUAUUGCUCAUAUUUUGGUAAUAUAGCAGCAGCAUCAUUUUAUUCUGGAUUCUUUAGUCAGAUAGCAUUCUUUAAUCAACAGCUGAUUAAAAUUCCUUUAAGAAAGUCUAAUGACCCACUCCAGAAAAGAGGCCUUGCUAUAGCAAAUAAGACAAAGAAAUAUCUGACCCAUAGAAGGUGGGUCUAAAUUUUAUAAGGGGUAGAAAGAAUGACCAAUUUUCUUAUACACCCCAACUCUGCAGGUACUGUCCUAAAGUGUGAAACAGGAUCACAACUCACAGUUGCUACUCACCCAGGAUAGAGAUAUUUUAGAAUGUGUUUUUUAAGUGAAUGUUUCAUUAAUACACUUACACUCUUGCUUUGAAAGUUAGCAACCUAAUUGCAUCCAAAACUUUGAGUAAGUUCUAUGCUAAUAUUUUUAACUAUGGUAAACCACAAAAAUGAAUAAUUUUCUUCCCUGAAAUCAGAGCUUACAUGCGCUUUUUUUUCCAUAAAAUUUCCAGGUAAAUGUAUUCAAGAGGCAAUACAGUAUUUUAACAUUCACAUAUCAUUUUAUAUGGAAAUGUAUUACAGUAUUAAAAUUCAGUGUUCAGUAUUUAUUUCACUAUGCAUUUUAUUUAGUAAAAGCUGAGAAAAGUGUUUAAUCCAAUGGUGCCUUACUUUGUGAUUUGAAAGAAAUCAACUUUUUAUGUCUAAGUAGCAGAUUAUUUACAUAUCUGUAAAAAGUGUUAGGUCUUUAUAUUUUAACUUGUAAUACCAAUUUUGUUAUCUUAGUAGCAAAAAUGGGAUGAUUGUUAAAGUGCCCCAAAAUUUUUGACAUGAAAUUAAUUUUUCCCUGUUUAUAGUCAGGGACUGUAAAGGAAGAAAAAAAUGUUUUUCAUACCACUGCACUAUGUAAACAUGCACAUUUUGGUAUCUAUGUUAUCAGGAUAGUUUAAGUGGUGCGAUAGAGUCCAUUCGAGACAUCUGCCUCUUUGUAAGUUAGCCAGACAAUAAAUAAA